UUUCCGUCCUGAUCAGUUCCCUGCCUAUGCCAAAUUGCCAAUCACAUUGUCGUUUCUCUCAUGUAACGAAUCGAAAGGAGACGAAAAAAUAAAUAAAUUGCUGAGCUCUGUAUACUAGCUAUGGCUUGUGCUAUGAGGCUACUCCGCCACCCGUCUGGUGCGUGUUCCCGAAUGCCACCCUCCUCCACUGUAGUCAUUUCGCGGUCACUUCUAAAAUUUCAGUGGAUGCAAGUGCAACCAACCGUCCUGUACUCUGAAUGGGGAUUUUGUUCUUCAGAAUCUGAAAUCAGUAGCCAAAUCGUUACAGGAUAGUGGUGGAUUUUGUCUGCCGAUGACAAAGAAGAUGGAGUCACCCUGGGGACGAUGAAGUUGCCUUCGAAUAUUGACUUUAAUAGAUUCGAAACCUUACUUUUCCAGUGGAAUGAUCUUAGAUAAUUUUCCUAAUGCUUGUUGAGUGGGCGAACAGUCUUUGCCAGGGAGCAAAUCUGCCACUUAUGCCUUUGAAGGUUGAUUGGGUUUCAUUACUAUUGGAGAUGGGAGGACUGAGGUCCUAGUGUACAUAGAUUGCUUGGUUUUCCCGGCAACUGCUGGUUCUGGUCCAAUUUUCUGAGCCAUAAGAAAUGGAGCUUUAAAAGAUAAAUCACCUCUCAAGGGAGCCAAGAAUCAUGAGAAGUCUUCUGGAGGCCCUCAAGAAGUCAAUCAAAAUUGCUAGAGUUUGAAAUCCUCAUUCAUUUGAAUUGGAACUAUAUACUUUUUUCUAACCUAUUACUUGAAGCAUGAUGAAAUAAUGAAUCUUGGCUAUUUCUUUUAGAAUUAGUUUUUCUUUUCGUUUAAGCAAAUGUCUUUUGGGUAUCAGAAGAGAACCGUGAUCCUUAUCUUUCAAUUGGUUUAAAAUUUAUGCACACACUCACUACGAAGAGAACUUGUGGUGUCUUCUUUUUUUUUGGAUGCUGAAGAAAAUUUUUUCUUUUAAUGUCACCAUCUCGUACCAUUCAGUUUAGCAGCCACGAACAGGUUGCCCUUUGAUCUUUGUGCCCCUGACUUCUCUCUCAUUGAACUGAAAAAUGUUCUUUUUCUUGGGAUCUUCUUCAAAGUAGGAAGAAAGCUGACAAAUUCUUACCAAUUGGAUGCUUUCGCAAUUGGUUACUGUAUUGUGAAACCAGCCCCCGUUUGUCUUAUCUCUCAAUGCUUUGGUUUUCUCUCAUAGAAACAAUGAAAUUGUAGCUAUUAUCGACGAAGCACACAAUACAUAAAGGACGAAAUUGAACAUCCUAGGACUUAUACUGUGGUUGUGUGUCUAGAUUGAUAGAUUCAUGUGAAUCUGAAACUGAAAUUCUCUGAGGUUUUCAUGCUUAUUCACUGUUUUAUGCUAAUUGACCUCUCUACUAACUUGGAACUGAAUUUGCUCUGGCAUUUCUGAGGAAAUGGAGAGGCAAGAAUAUUCAGGAGGAAGGUUUGAUAUGGGAGAAGGAUUUGAUGCUAUUGUUGUGGGGUCUGGAUAUGGUGGUUCAGUUGCUGCUUGUCGAAUGUCAAUGGCAGGAAUAAAGGUAUGUGUACUAGAGAAAGGCAAGAGAUGGGAAGCUCAUGAUUUUCCAACUGACAGUUUGAAAAUUAUGUCUGCUGUGAGGAUGGAGAAUCGGAACUUAGGCAUCAGCUUUGGACAUAAGGAUGCUCUGUUUCAGGUAUACGAACAAAACAAUUGCCUAGCAGUUGUAGCCUGUGGGCUUGGUGGUGGUUCGCUUGUGAAUGCUGGUGUAAUGCUACCAACCCCAUUUCGUGCUCGAAGGGAUCCAAAAUGGCCAAAAGAGUGGGAAAGGGACUGGGAUAUUUGUGAGGCUUUUGCUGCAGCCAUGCUGCGUAUACAAAGUGUUCCUGUCAAGUUUCCAAUGGGCAAGGUCAUGGAAAGAAUAGUUGAUGGAGAAAUGGACGAGAGCUCGAUCAAGCUGAGUGUGAAUUUUGAUCUGGAAGAUCUUCCCACCCAUUUGGGACAGAGCCGGCAGAUGAAUAGCUGCUUAGCUUGUGGGAAUUGUCUCUCUGGGUGUCCAUAUAACGCCAAGAAUUCUACAGACAAAAAUUAUUUGCUUUCCGCUAUCCAGGCAGGAUGCAUUGUUAAAACAAACUGUCAAGUUCAGUAUGUUGUCAAAAAUCCAUAUGACAUUUCCCACGAAGGCAGAACUGGCAGAAAAAGAGGAAGAUGGCUUGUUUACUUAAAUGAAAUUGAUUACAUAUCCUCGGACUUUGUAAUUUUAUCAGCUGGAGUAUUAGGCACCACUGAGAUACUGCUGCAAUCCCAAUUGAGAGGUCUGAAACUUUCAGAAUCACUUGGGUCAGGAUUCAGUUGUAAUGGUAACACUGUUGCAUAUCUUGCUGGUAGCCGAGCACCCUUGAGUGCUUACGGAUUAGAUCGAAAGAAGAUCUCAAGGAAACCUUUUCAGGAACGGCCAGGGCCAUCCAUCUCUUCAUCUUACACUUCCUCACGUGGUUUCACAAUACAGAGUGCUGUACUUCCAGCGUCUUAUCCUUACCUGCUCUUUAAAGGUAUUACUACUAAUGGAUGGCCAGCAGGUUACUGGUUCUUUCAUGGGAUCAUAGACAAGCUAAAGCAUAUCAUGGAAUUUGAAUCAAGUCAAGCAAUGGUUUUCAAUGCAAUGGGCUAUGAUCAGAGUGAUGGUAAAAUUUCGUUAGAAAAGAGCUCGGGAAAAUUCUGUUUUAGUCCACCACAUGAUCCUUUACUUCCCCGAAAAAUUGAGGCCUUUCAAAAGCUAACCAAAAAAUUAGGGGGCAUACUCUUUAUAUCUAAGUACAGGAGCACAUCAGUUCAUCUUUUAGGGGGGUGUAGUGCAUCAUCAGAUUCUUCACGUGGCGUUUGUUCCCACACUGGUCAAGUUUUUGAUCCAGAUACACCUGCUGCUGUGCACCAGGGCCUCUAUGUGUGUGAUGCUUCUUUGAUCCCAUGUUCUGUCGGCAUAAACCCUUCGCUAACAAUAGCGACAGCAGCCGAACAUGUGAGCAGAUACCUUGUGCAGGAUAUUCUGGAGUAUAAAAGCAGAAGAGGUAUAAAACUUGAGGUUGAGCCUGUUGAAAAACAUAAAAUUAUGAUUACAGAUGAAACUUCAGAGACCAAACAACAAUCAACAGUAGUGUUCAAAGAAACCAUGAGUGGCUAUGUGGAGGGUAUGCCAUGCGUGGCUUAUUUGAAAAUAAGAAUGAACAUUCCAGACAGAUCCCAUCCUUCUCUAAGAGGAAAAGUUGGUGGGUAUAUUGUGUUUAGAGCCAUCGAGGAGGAUAAGAUACAUGUCAUAGAUGGAGAAAUCAAUUUGUGUGACGUAGAUCACAAAACACCAUACACACAGUAUAUGCACUAUAGUCUUCUCCUUGUGGCUUCUUCUGGUUCAAGAUAUAUUCUGGAAGGAAAGAAGAUACUGAAUCCUUUUUUAUUUGGACUGUAUGCCUGGAGAGAGACAACAACAUUGCAUGUGAUGUUCAAAAAGAUUGACGCGAACAAUUCAAGGGAUUCAACAGUGCAUAUGAAAGGAAUUCUCAAAAUUUCCAUUAUUGAGCUCCUAAAGACUUUCCUGAGCCUUGCAGGAAAAGGUAGAGAAAUGUUCUUACGGGUUUUUUUGCGGACUUUGGUGAGAACCUACAUUUUACAAAUACCGCGAGGAAAUCCAGACUUUGCUUUACCAGAUGUUAAUCAUAAACCUUAUCCAAGCAGCACUCUUCAUGAAAUUGAAACAGAAGAUGGAUGCAUCAUCAGUUACAGGCAAUGGAAGUCCAUUCAAAACUCCAGGAGCCCUAAAGAAGGGGAAUCAUAUCCAGUUCUUCUUCUUAAUGGGUAUGCAACUGAGAGUUACUGGCUUCCCACAGAACCUGAUGAUUUAAUCAGAACUUUACUAGAGGAAGGGCUUGAAGUAUGGUUGCUGCAAUCAAGAUUGCACCCUCGCAAUCCUUCUAGCAACUUCACGAUCGAAGAUAUUGGAAGAUUUGAUAUCCCUGCCGUGAUCAGGAGGAUGCUGGACUUGCAUGAGCAAAGCAUAAAGGUGCAUGUAGUUGCACACUGUGUUGGAGGGUUAGCGAUUCACAUGGCACUUAUGGGCGGCCACUUAUCUGCGAACAAAAUAGCUUCUCUGUCUUGCACAAACUCUUCAAUGUUCUUCAAGCUUAACCUUUUAUCCACUGUCAAAUCAUACCUUCCACUAAUCCCAAUAUCAAUGGCUAUACUAGGCAAAGACAAUAUCAUACCUCUGUUGGAAACAUCAAAGGAAAGUAUGCGACACCAGAUCGUGAAAUUCAUCGCCCGGUUGGUACCUCGUUAUGAGAGAUGCACCUGCAAGGAAUGUGAGGUCUUUUCUGGAAUGUUUGGGAAUGUUUUUUGGCAUCAAAACAUAAGUCCCACCGUGCACGACUGGUUAAACAAGCAAAGCUCAACUAGGCUUCCCUUUUCACCAUUUCUGCACCUCAGAAAAAUUUUCAAAUCCGGAUAUAUCGUGGACAGCAAAGGCAACAACUCAUUUUUGAUCCAUCCAGAGAGAAUGCAACUGUCCACAUUAUAUAUUUCCGGCGGACGGAGUCUCCUGGUGACUCCAGAGACAUCAUUUUUAGCGAACAAUUACAUGAAGUUACACCAGCCUGGUUUCAAGCAUGAAAGGGUGGUUGUGGAGGGUUUUGGACAUUCAGAUUUGUUGAUUGGAGAGGAGGCUCCCAAGAAGGUAUUUCCUCACAUUUUAUCUCACAUAAAGUUAGCUGAACAAGGAGGAGAUAGUCUGAUGAGAUGCAAAGGAAAGAAUUGCGAUAAAGAGGCCUUGAAUUGGGCAAGUGAUCCUUAUGAAUAUGAAAGGUCAGAGAGCUGGUUUACCCCUUCUGUCUUUGUUUUCUUGUUCAUAUUGUUGAUUCUUAUGUAUGUUGCAUUAUCUAUAUGCUAAUUUUUAAUCCCUAAGGAUGGAAUAUUCGAUAAUAUUAUUCAGUGAUGCCACCUUUGCUUUUGGUGGUAUAAAAAAUUUCUUCA